AAGAAAUCAUUACCCCACGUUUUAAUUUCACUAGUGUUAGCAUAUAAAUAUUUUUGUGAGGGUAUUUGACACUUUUGCUAUUAAAACACAAGGUUGACUAAGCGAGGCAGUUGGUUGUUGACCGCCGUAUCGUAUGGUUGGUGAAAUAUUUGUGGAAGUUUUUCUGUAGUCAAAGCUGCGGUAUCAGUACUGCAGUAAGAAGAUGAAUAAGGGUUCUCGUUGUUGGCACAAUAGACGAUGAUGAUAUCAUGAUUCCACGCAGCUUGUUCCUUCUUACCGUGGCGAGUUUCUUAGCUGUCCAUACUUCAAGCCAGUACGUGGAUUUCCUCCAAGGACUACAAACAUUCUUCCAACCGUACCAGUUCGAUGGCAUAACGACCAGAAAACCAGAGAGUCGACGACAUGGCAGCAGACAGCAGAAUAAAAACCCCACAAACCCCACCAUAGCAUUCCCAGAUAGGCUCGAGAGGCCGAAAACAACUUCUAAACCUAAAAAGACAACCAGGCCUAUAUCUAGUCAAACUUCUAGAUACCACAGUACCACGCCUAGUUCAAAAGCAAAAAGCGACAGAAAAACUGAUUUUGGCAUCAUUAAUAACGAUUACAUAUAUUUCCCUGAUGAAGUACCAGCUAACUCUAACAAAAAAAACAGUCAAUGGGGAAAUAAAAAUGACAGAUAUCCCACCGCAACACAAAACAAGAGCAACAGGAACCCAGACGUUAGUAAUAUAAAUUGGGGCAACCAAAACGCCGUCAGCGCAAGCCUAACACAAUUGAAUACUCCAAAACCCACCGCAACACAAAAUAAAAACAAUCGUAACCCAGAUGUCAGCAAUAUACAAUGGGGUAAUCAAGACAAUCGAAGCCCAGUCAGUGCUAGCUUGACACAGGGGAGUAACAACAGGAAUCCAGCAGUUUCUGUAACCAAGAGACCCUCAACAAGCAGACAGAAUGGUGGUACAACUCGAAGACCACUGCCAAUUCGACCAGGAGUUAAACCAGCGCCAGUAGAUGAGAGUAGACCGCCGAUAACAAAUAAACCGGAAGAGCCGGUGUUUCCGGUUUCUUCGGAUGAACCGGAACUGGAAAUAGGGCCUGAUGAGGAUGAUAUGACUUCGGUGCAGAAGAGACAGUAUCUAGCUAUGGCUGAGCAAAUGUGUGACUCCUACAAAGCGCUUAGCGUGAAGACUGUGGCAGCCCUCCCCCUGGUGCCUUCCCCAGAGGUGGUGGAGUUCAACGUGAGUGACUGCACGCCCAUCAACAUCCCCCUGAUCAUUGGCGGCACGGUCUCCAACAUCGAGGAGUUCCCCCACAUGUCGCUCGUAGGAUGGAAGAAGGUUCAGACUGCCGGCUACUCCUGGAAGUGUGGUGGCUCCCUCAUCAGCGAACAGUACGUCCUCACAGCCGGUCACUGCACCUACCACGAGAAAGAUUAUAACGUUGUCAGUGGUCCACCUCACGCAGUCCAGCUCGGCUCAACAUACGUCGACGGCCCAGGAGCGGUAGUGGUGAAGUCAGCAUCAGUCAUCCGACAUCCGAAGUUCAAGCAACGGCGCUCUUACUACGACGUGGCCUUGAUAAAACUAGUUUCAAGUGUCAAGUUCUCAAACACCAUUAGACCGGCGUGUCUUGGAGUGCCACCUGCUGUUGGAAGACCUAUCGUCGCCACUGGAUGGGGAAGGACUGAAUUUGGAGGCGACCAAUCUCUAGAGUUGCGGAGCGUCUCCCUCCCAAUCUGGGACAUGCAGGAGUGCAAAGAGAUCUGGGGUACGUCCCUGAAGCUCCCUAACGGACCCUCAAGUGAUAGCCACGUGUGUGCUGGCGAGAGAACCGGCGGGAAGGACACCUGCCAGGGUGACUCCGGCGGACCAGCUCAAGUCCAAGAUGGCUGCGUUUGGAGAGUAGUAGCUGUGACGUCAUCUGGAAGAUCAUGUGGCGCUCCCGACACCCCAGCACUCUAUGCCACAGUACCACGAGUCUUCGUCGCUGCUGAGGUCUUCGGGAAAAAAGCGUUAGACAAUAGAUAUAGCAAUCAAAUCAAUUCGAACAAUCGCAAUCAGCCCACCGUGAACAGGAAUACGAACAAUCAAAAUCAAAACAAUCAAAACAAUAGGGUAAAUGUUAAUCAAAAUAAUAAUUAUAACACACAAACCACUAUUCAAAAUUGGAACAAUCAGAAUCAGAACAAUCAAAAUAAUAGGGUUAAUGUGAAUCAAAAUAAUUAUAAUACACAAACCCCUAAUCCUCAAAGUAAUUGGAAUAAUAACAAUCAACAAAAUAACAGAAACACGAACCAAAACAAUUAUGAACAACAAUAUCAGAAUAAUUUAAAUAAUCAAAAUAGAGACACGAAUAAAUAUUAUCAAGUUAGUACGAACAAUUACAACCAGAACAAAAACAAUCCAAUAAAUUAUAACGAAGUGACAACAAGAAAUCCGAAUCAAAAUUUUAAUUUUGAAGGUUACACUCAAAAUCCGAACAAUGACAAUCAGAAUUCGAACAAUUAUAAUCAAAACAAUCCGAAUCAGUAUUAUCAGAAUGGGUAUGAAAGAGAAAGCUGGAAUCCGAAUUAUAACAGAGGCAUUUAUGACUAUAAUGUGGGUAACAGUGAGUAUAGAGGAACAGACGGACCUUUCUGGAGUAGGUAGUCCAGUCAAAUCUAUAUUUACUUAAUAAUUGUUAAGUAAAUAGGAGAAAGUACUUAAGUCUUCUUCGGACGAUCAACAAACAAUCUCUACUGGUGGUAUGUCUCUCAUAUGUGUAAGGCCGCCUGGGUAGGUACCACCGCAAUGUCUAUUUCUGUCAAGCAGCAGUAUAUAGUCAAUGUUGUGUUCCAAUUUGAAGGACAUUGUAGCCAGUGUAACUUCUGGAGAUACUACGACAUAAUACCUCAUGUCUCAAGAUGGCGAGCGCGGUAUACCAAACAAUUCGUUGUAAUUCGAGGCGUUGGAUGGUGUUUUUACUGUUUAUGGAUCGUAUCGCUUACCAUCAGGCGAACGGCAAGCUCGUCUCGUCAUUUAAAGCUAUAAAAAAAAAUCGGCGAUUAGUCUUCAAUCAUAAUUGACGACUUCUAUACCUUUUUGUGUAAUUGAAUGAUUAGCUGUUAUUGCAAGUGGAAUUACUGUCUAUAAACAGUAACGUCACGAUGAAUUUACAUUUUUAAAAGAAUAGCUCAUGUUCGUUAAUUUACCCCUAAGAUUGAUCAUAUGGCUUAAUGACGAGACGAGCUUGCCGUUCGCCUGAUGGUAUGCGAUACGAUUCGUAAACAGUAGAAAUACCAACACCUUGAAUUACAAAGUGUUGUUUGGUAUUCCUCUACGCUCGUCAUCCUGAGACAUGAGAUGUUGUCUUAUGUCCAGUAGUUAUACUGGCUACAAUGUCCUUCAAACUUGCAACAGUGACUACAUACUGCUGCUCGCGGCAUAAAUAGACAUUUCAGUAUCUAACUAAGCGGACUCUCACAUAUAAGAGACCACCAGUCUUUUGUUAAAAUCCAAUUGUGUAUUUAUCUGGACAAUACUGAAGGUUAAUACUUCAAAACUUGGUAUAUCAAUGUGCCAAAGUUCAUUUAAAUCUAUGCAACUAAGCGUUUACUUCUAACAAACAAAUAAAUAUUACUUUUGCAUUUAUAUUAAUAAAGGAAAUAAUUAUAGAAUUAGAGUUAAUGUAUUUUUGAAGCUCUGUCAAUCCUUCGCUUUAACGGUGAAGGAAAACAUCGCGAGGAAACUUACAUAUCUAAAAAUUCUUCACAAUUUCGUAGGUAUGUAAAGUCUGCAGUAGGCCAGCGUAAUGGACUAAGACCUACCCAUCGCUGUAGUAGAUAAGGCCCGUGCCAGUAGUGGAGCAGUAUAUAAUACAAGGCUGAUAUUAUUAUUGCAUACUAAUCAAAUGUCCGCAGGUUCAAUACCCAAGGGCACGCACCUCGGACUUUUCUAAAGUUAUAUGUGUAUUUGUGAGUUAUCGCUUGCUUUAACGAUGAAGGAAAACAUCGUAAGGAAACCUGCAUACCUGAGAAUUUCUCCAAUAAAAUUUCGAAGGUAUGUGGUCUACCGAUCCGCACUACAGCGUGGUGGACUAAGGCCUAAUCUCUGAGUAGUAGAGGAGGUCCGCGCCCAGCAGUGGGACAGUAUAUACAGGGCUGAUAUUAUUAUACUAAUCAAAAUCCCUCUGGAACCGUCUUCGGUGCAGUAGGGCUGAUCACAGAUUCUUCUGUGUCUAGGUAACCAAUGGAGCCUUCUCUGCGCGGUGAAGUCUACCGUCUCCAGUAGUGGAGGGGCUCAGAAACCGGAAGACGUUCGGCGUCUGCAUGAGGCUUAACCAAGUAAAAUGGCAAUAAUUCUCUCCUAUCUUGAUUAAAGUACAAAUGCUUUUGACUUCGAAGGGGUAGAGACUUAGAGACUUUCCCGCCCUCACACCCACCACUACAACUCCUGUGAGGAUCACCGAGCGGUGAAGCUCGCCGAGUCUCAGAGAACACUAACAUGUCAUCCCGUAACGAAAUUAAUCAAAAAGAAUGAUAAGGAGGAGUUGGAAAUAUUCAUUGUUCACUUGGGAUUGGCAGAUGCAACCACUCUAAUUAAGUGUUCCGUCCUAUGAUGUGAUAGGGACGAGUCUAACGCCAAAUCAGGCACAAACUCCAGGCUCCAAGGUGGUAGUGAGCAGAAAAACUUUAUUUUGCCCGAUUCGGGAUUCAAACCUUGGAUCUCAGAGUGUUAUACCUUAAUUAACUACGUCACCGAGGUACUAGAUUACAAAUAUCAAUUUAUCCUGUUAGUAACAUAAUAACUAACGAUUAUUGUCUGAAUGAUAUUAAUUUGGAUAACGCAGGUGUCCGAGAUUUUAGAUAAUACUUGUUAUAAAAUGGUUUUUCCUUACGUCUAGAUUAUUUAUAUUCGCCCGCGUAACCGUACUCAAGAAGUAAUAUCACAGUGACCCACGUUUCAGGAUCUGUAUCCCAUUGAUUCCCAAAGGUCCAGGUGGACCCCCAGGAGUCUAGGUGAAACUUGACGGAGAUCAAUGUUGGCUUGACCAAAAAAUUGAAAUUCACAAUUCGUAAGCGAGGGUCCACGAAAAUUCAUUUGAUAGUAAAGGCUAAGGCACGGUGACCCCAACAUAACUGUCCAAUGCCCCCCAUAAAGGCUGGACCGGUAAUACUCUUUAUCAGCGAUACCAAAAAAAGGUCCACCGGAACCAGCAAAAUUGAAAGUGGUCUAUGAGGAAAAAAGUUUGGGAACCUCUGGUAUAUCCAAAGAGGCCUUGUGUCGAUUGAAAGAUCCUCUCUUGUCAGUCGAUAAAUCUGGAGGCUAUACAAACGAGUCCAGUAGAGUCACUCCCGUUUGUGUAUAAAAAAACGGCUAUGUACGCCUGAUCGGUUUUUAGUAUAUGUAUAUACAAUGUAAUGUUCCAACAGGCAUAAUUGUGUCGACUGAGGUGUAAUCGUCUCUCGUCAGACGACAUUAUUGGACCGCACUCUUACCAUCAGGUGUAGUGCGGUCACUUUUCCCGGCCUGUAU